UUUAGUUUAGGUGAAUGUAAACCAUAUAAUAAAUAGGAAUAGGAUGUCUACAUCUGGUCAAGUCAGAGCAGUCAUUGAAUUGUUCUGCUUGUUCCUUCGAGAAAAUUGUGUAUCAGAUGCUCGUGCUGAGUCUUUGAGGCAAGCUAAAUUUAACAAAGAUUCUGCUGUAAGUUAGUGAAAUCAAUUAAUUUCAUUAUUGCUAUAAUUAACUUUUGAAAUGAUUCAUGAGGCUGUAACUAUUAACGUUAUGCUUUAGAAAAUUUAUUGUAGUUUAGCCUGUUAAUUUCAAGAUAAGAAUAUGUAAUGGGUAAAAAAUGUGAACAUUGUCCAAGGCUCACUUUUAAAAAACUUCAAAGCAAGGUUGAAGGCUGAUUAUGCUAAACAUCUUGCCUAAUUGAAUUUAUCAACUAUCUUUAAAGCUUUAAAUUUAGUUUGUAUUUGUCAAAAUAACAUUUCUGAAUUAUUAUUUUUUGUGUGCUUCUUUUGUUUCUAGGCAUCCAAAUUAUGGACGAUUCUUUUUGACACUAUUUGUUUCUGCAAUUUUUGUCAGCCAUUGUUAGUAACUCCAACUAAAGGUAAUUAAUAUAUGGGGCCAUCUAUAUAGAACAUACACAUUGACGGGGGAGUGGUGGUUGUCGAUUUUGGAGAAUUCCUACAUUUUUUAAAUUCCUAGCGCCCUUGCAAAAUUUAUUUUGUUAAAUUCGUACAAGUACACUUGGAAAUAGCAAAGAUGCUAAAAAAUAAUAAUAAAGGGUUGGGUAUACUUGAAAAAAGCAUCAUCAAGUAACUGUAAAAGUAUGGUUGCAAAGCUGAAACUUAAAGAAAUUAACGGAAGGGCACCACCAGGAGUGGAGCCUGCGGCUUAAUUUGACUCAACACCGGAAAACAAAUCUCCUGGUCCAAGGUUGAGUCUCAACAGAUCGCAGUGAGGUGGCUGCUCUACUGAUUACGACACCCCGACCGAGAACUAAGUCGUCUACAAAUGAUUUAACACCUCCACGCCGCAUGGGGUGAAUAUCGGACAGGCCCCCGCCCGCACUGCUCGGCGGAGCGGCAAAGACCUCUUACUACGGCUGAACCUAGACGAGAAAGCUGGGGCAAUCCAAGGCAGGGCCUUGCUUAGGACAAGUGGCACCCGGAGGGAAUUCUGAAAAUAGUGUUGCUCAAUAAAUAUAAAAAAAUGCUAGGUGAAAAGAAGAUUUUUUACGCCCCUUGACUUUGUACAUGGGACUUAAAAGUUUAAUUCAAUAUUAAAGUCCUGUCCACCUAGGGUGAGUGCCCCCAUCUUAUUACCCUGCUUGAAGGCAAUGUGACCUUCAUAGUAAUGCAGCACAUAUUUGGGGUACCACUGGGCUUGCCAAACAGCGAUGAAAACGUGUGACACAUUUUGUACUGAUACAUUACAAGUGUCUAUAAAUAUACAUACACAUUGAAGGGGUGUCCAAAAAGUAUUUGUGCAUUAGGGGGAAGGGUACAAUGUGACUUUUUUACAUUCAUACACAAAGUGUUUCAAGAGUAUAAAAAAAUUUGUUUAAAUCUUAUUGAUAAUUUAUCAAUUAGAUUUACUAUCCUUUGCCUUUAGGUUUCAUUUUAUGGAAGUGAAAAUAAGCUUUCUUUUUUUUUUUUUUUUGCUCUAGCUCUUGUGCUAUCUUUUAUCAAACUGGAAAUGGCAGGCAAUUAUACUUCUUAGCCUUAAUUGUUCUUAAGGGAUGGAGUCCAAUUAGAAGAUCUUUCUAUUUGUCACAGUUCUGAGUCCUGAACUGCUCUCUCCAACUCACUAAUUAAUUUUAUUCUAAUUUCUCACUAUCUCAUUGAAUGGAUCCCUUUGCCAAAUGCCACAUGAUGAUUUGCCUUAUGCAAAAUGAUUAUUUGCCUCAUGACUUAUGCUACAUGAUUUGCCUUAUCCCACAUCAUUAUUUACCUUAUACUACAUGAUGAUUUGCCUUAUGCUGCAUCAUUAUUUGCCUUAUGCUACAUGAUUAUUUCCCCAAGUCACAUCAUUGUAUUCCCUGUGCUACAUGAUUACUUGUCUUGGUAUUCUAUGAGGAAGAUUGGCUAGUAAUUUUUAAAUGUGGUUUUCUCAUUUUGUACCUUGUCAUCAUUUGUUUAUUUUAUCUCUUGCUCCAUAUUUGUGUUAUAUGACCUACCUGGAAUCUUUUCAAGCUUGCGAAAGUUUAAUAUUAAAAAUUCACCUUUUCAAAAGGUACAUGUACAAGCAAUAAUUAUUCUGAAUUAACUUUUUUUUAUUAUUUAAGAAUUUUGAAUGCCAUUUUCAAAUUCAAUUGAUGUUUUGAUGUUAUGACAGCAUCCACUUCUGUUGGCAUGUUAUGUUAUUUCUGCCACUUUUAUCUUUACCAGAGGAUGUAGUGGUGUAUGUCAAAACUGAGCUGCAGAAAUGGGGUUACCUCAGCCAGUCACUAGCCAUGCUGCCCUCUGAUAUGUCCAGCGGGAGCAGAGAGUUACUUCUGGCGCUUGGUUGGGUGGUGCACACCCAGAAACUGUUUGAUAAAGUCAUCACAAGGAGAUCGAACCCACUUGAACAGCAACUGCUUGAAUUUGUGCCAUCGGAUGUAAGAGGCUUUUUUUAUCUGUUGAAUUUCAGUCACAGCCACAUUUGUCAACAUGGCUUGUCCAUGUGCAUUGAGGUGAAGUAAUAAUAAUAAUAAAGCUUAUUUGAAAAUCAUGCUUCAUCCCCAAAGGCUCAAAGCGUGGUACAAAGUCAUCCAUAUUAAAAGAGAAAUGGAAAAAAUCUAUAUUUUACCACAUAAUAAAUAAUAAAUAAUUGAUACCAUUUUUGUCCCCGUAAAACAAAUUUAAAAGAUAUGGGUCAAUCAUUUUGGUGAGUUUUAUAAGAAUUUUCAAAAAGCUUAAAAAAUAAUAUUGUUAUUUCAAAAAAUUAUAAAUUAUAAUCGUUUAAAGCUUAUUUUAUAUCUUAAUUAUUAAAAAAAUGUUGUUGUUUUUUCUUUUCCAAACUUCUCACUUAAAUUAGGGGAAGCAAACAAAUUUGGACACUUGCCCUCCAGAUUUGUGUAAACAAAGCAGUAUUUUGCCUGCAGAGCGCACCCAGCAACAAUUGGUGCUGUGCGGCAAGCUUCAGAUGGCCUUAAGAAGACUAUACUCUGUUGACCAGCAGCUAGCAGGGCUCAGAAAUACUGUAAAUACAUUCUUCUGAUUUAUCUUUGUUUACAUUCAAUCACUCAAGUCCCAUGGUUUGCAGUGGCUAGUCUGAUAUCAUUUGUGAUUUCUGGUCUUGUCAUGUCUGGUCACAUCAUGUCUGCUGGUCAUGUUUUGGUACCUUGUGCUGAUGCAACAUUAGUGAGAACUUUUUAGUAGUAAGAGUAACUGAUAUUUUCUUAUGCUUUGGUACAUAUGGCAGGAAGGUUCUGGCAUUCUAUUGUAUGCUUUGGGGGUUGGGGAUAAAGAAAGACAUUAUUUCAUAACCCUGUUGUUGGUGAUACAGUUGUGAUGGUUAACUAAGCCUAUGACAGAGUAACUGUUACUGCCACAUCAAGACAUCAAAUGUAAUUGAAAUAAAUCAAGUCCCUUGAAGUAACUUACAGUGGCACUUAAUUACAAUAAGACCGCAUUCACAUGAUAAAUAAUAACUUCACUGAUAAUGCAGAAUAUCUAUAAAUAUAUAUAUGUUCACUUCUGUUUUAUUAGAUAUCUUCACUACUGUCCUUGCAAUUAUCAAACACUUAACUAUAGCACAGACUCACAACACCAUUUUUCCAACAUGGCUGUGUACCUUCGUCCGUUUUACCUAUAUCUUCUUAUUCUCUCCCUUGAGUCUGCAUAACAUCAAACUAGCACACACAAAGUUAUACUGCUACAAUCUUGUCUGUGUGAGACCUGUUACUACUUAUAAACUUGCAAUGCUAGUUAAGUGCUGGAGUAUUAGAGUAUUGUGACCCAAAAAAAAGGGGGGGGGGGUGGGGCUACAGAAUGUAACUGUCAAAGUUUACAAAGUAAAACAAGAUAAAAGAUAAUACAUUGUGAUGUUCACUUGAAGAUAUCUCAUUGAUAAAACUUUAAUGUUUAAGUUCUUCUUUUCCCAGAUCCAUCAAUGCACCCAAGGUGUGUGCCUACAGUCUGACCUCAACCACCUGACAUCUUUAGAAGUUUAUUUACUGCGGCACCCUGAAAGCUUGAAACAGGUAUAUGACGGUUGGCAACAAAUCAACUGAAAUUUGUCUUGAAAAGGGCUUUACAAAAAAAAUGUACUUAUUACCCAAGAUGCGUGUAAUUGUUAUACUGGGAGUGAUAGAAUUACUUACAAAUUUUUUUUUUAUGUGAGUGAUUCAUUGUUUGACAAGGAUGACUCGAUUAAAGAAUCCUAAGGGAAACUACUCAUUACAAAUAGUGAACACUCAUUUUCUACAGAUGUUGAAUGAGUUGGAGAAAGACAAUGUAGAGAUGAAACACUUGCUGGAAUGGAAGGAACUGGAGCAUUUCUUUUGGGAGUGGAUGGUGAGUACAUUGGACUGUCACUUGUGGGUAGAAUGGACUAUCACCUUUAGGUACAUUGGACUGUCAUGGUGAGAACAUUGGACUGUCACUUAUGGGUAGAAUGGACUAUCACCUGUAGGUACAUUGGACUGUCAUUGCUAGAACAUUGGCCUGUCAUGGUGAGAACAUUGGACUGUCACCUGUGGGUUGACUGGACUAUCACCUGUAGGUAAAUUGGACUGUCAUGGUGAGAACAUUGGACUGUCACCUGUGGGUAGACUGGAUUAUCACCUGUAGGUACAUUGGGCUGUCAUGGUGAGAACAUUGGACUGUCACCUGUGGGUAGACUGGACUAUCACCUGUAGGUACAAUGGACUGUCAUGGUGAGAACAUUGGACUGUCAUCUGUGGGUUGACUGGACUAUCACCUGUAGGUAAAUUGGACUGUCAUGGUGAGAACAUUGGACUGUCACCUGUGGGUAGACUGGACUAUCACCUGUAGGUACAAUGGACUGUCAUGGUGAGAACAUUGGACUGUCAUCUGUGGGUAGAAUGGACUAUCACCUGCAGGUACAUUAGACUGUCAUGGUGAGAACAUUGGACUGUCACCAGUGGGUAGAAUGGACUAUCACCUGUAGGUACAAUGGACUGUCAUGGUGAGAACAUUGGACUGUCAUCUGUGGGUUGACUGGACUAUCACCUGUAGGUAAAUUGGACUGUCAUGGUGAGAACAUUGGACUGUCACCUGUGGGUAGAAUGGACUAUCACCUGUAGGUACAUUAGACUGUCAUGGUGAGAACAUUGGACUGUCACCUGUGGGUAGAAUGGACUAUCACCUGCAGGUACAUUAGACUGUCAUGUUGAGAACAUUGGACUGUCACCAGUGGGUAGAAUGGACUAUCACCUGUAGGUACAUUAGACUGUCAUGGUGAGAACAUUGGACUGUCACCUGUGGGUAGAAUGGACUAUCACCUGUAGGUACGUUGGACUGACAUUAAGGGUAGAAUACACUAUCACACUGUCAUGACGGGUACACUGGAAUAUCACCUUUAGGUACAAUGCAUAUUCACUGUGGGUACAGUCACUGCCAUUGUCUUACAAUAAUUCCAUGAAACAACUUCUGAGGUGAAUUCAAGGAAAUGAAGUAAGUUAUUAUAUACUACAUUGAAUGGGACUUCAUUCAGCAGAGUUCACUCUUAUAAGGUUACUAUAAAUCAACUUUUGUCUUAGUGAAUUGAUGUCAUUAUUUAUCACUUUAUUGUAACAGAUUGUCUCAUGUCAACUUGAAAGUGGGUCAACUCAUGCAAACAGUCACAUGAUGGAUUUUAUCGGCAUCAAUUACUACAGCAUUAUACUUUUGAUUAUAUUUUUUUGGUAUAGCUAUGAAAUUGAUGACAUUGAUAUUGUUGGAUUUUAAAUGAUUUUUCUGUGUCCAUCCAUCACAAUGUGACCAUGGUGUAGAGUUUGCAGGACGAAACCACAUGGCCUGGGAUUUUCCUUUAGGAGGAUCAGCUGGCUCCUAAACAGCAAAUCACCUGCCUCCAUUCACCUGGACAACCCCAAGGGAACAGCAGGUUUGACUGCUACAGCUUGGCACAGGUAGCAUUGCAGGAGUUGUCAGAAUUUAUAUUGUAUCAAUGUCAUACCACUUACGGGACUCCAUCUCCGGGUAUGAAUUCAGAGUUUUCCUUCUCUUAGAUGAGCUGCCAUCCAAGGUUGAUGAGUCCCAUCCACUCGGGGUGCUGGUGAUGACUAGACUUCUGCCGGGGAUCGAACUCCAGCCCUGCAAGCUUGACAUUGACUCACUUGAGACUAGAGACCGACCGAAAGUGAUUUUCUGAUUUUGGCCGAAACCUUAAAUAGGUCGAAAGUUAAAAAUGACUUUCGGCGGAAACCGAAACUAGGCCAAAAGUUAAAAAAUUGACUUUCGGCCGAAACUGAAGCCGAAAGCUUAAAGAGACUUUCGGCCGAAACUGAAAUAUUUAGAUAUUUUGAAAUUAGUUCACGCAUACAUUCUGAGCCUUGUUCACUUUCAAAAUUUUCUUCUUCAUAUGCCUUUUUACCCAGUCUGGGGCAUAGGCCAUCCACAAGAAUUCUCCAUUCAUCAUGGUCCUGUGCCUUCCUUUUCAGUUGUUUCCAGGUGUAUCCAAUAUUUUGUGUUUCUGCUUCUUGCUCGCGUCUCCAUGUAUUCUUUGGCCUUCCUCUCUUUCUUUUUACCUGUGGAUUCCAUGUUAGGAAUUGUCUGGUGGUGCUAUCUGGGGGUUUCCAGAGAGUAUGUCCUAUCCAUCUCCAUCUUUUCUUUAAGAUGUCUUUGUCAAUUUGCACCUGGUGAGUCAUUUCUAGUAGAUCUUUUUUGGUGAUAAUACUUGGCAAUUUGAUUUUCAGGAUCUUUCUAAGGCAUGUGUUUAUGAAGGUUUGUACUUUCUGCAUAAUGCUCGCCGUUGUUUUCCAAGUUUCUGAUACAUACAGUAGGAAUGUCUUUCAAAAUAGGGUUUGUCAAAAAGGCCUUUACUACUAUAAAAAGUCAAAAUUCAUUCUACCUACAAUAGCUUCUUUCUUCACAUCAAUAACUCAUAAAUAUGUCCUGCUCCUGCCUACUGCUUGACACGUUUAGCAUUUAAAGCCUUCAUGGAGAAGGUUGGGGUGGUUGUUCCUGUACUAAGUGAUCCCAAAUGGCUCAUGGAAUUUGCUUUUCUCGUUGAAAUUACACAGGAGCUGUAUGUAAUCAACAAGAAGUUACAAGACCAUGGGUAGCUUGUCAGUGUUGCUUUUGUCAGGGCACUCUGCACAAAACUUGUGAUAUGGUUCUUAGAGAAACCUCUGCCAUUUCCCAACAUCCAAAGUACUCAUUGGCUCGGGCACACCAUUCAGUUGUAACUUAGUAGUAAGUAUACUGAUGCCAUUGCAAAGCUACAGAAAUAAUUUAUCACAUUUUUUAGACUUCAAAACACAGACAGGCACUUUUCAGCUUUUUGCUGACCCUUUCUCCUUUAAAAUUUAAUGUGCAAAAUACCCCGCGCAUGGAGGUGAAUGUAAAAACAGACAAGCAUGGACAUUUUAGUUCACUGCCCUCUACCUUCCCUGAGAUUUCAAGGUUGUUCAAGUGGAUCAUUUGACUUUUUGGGAGUACCUAUCUGUGUGAAAAACUCUUUUCCACUAUGCACUUUAACAAACAGGGCCAAACUUACUGAUGAAUAUCUUCAAGCUAUACUGAAGGUCUCAUUUGCUUCCUCACUCAAGCCAAAGUUGCUCAGCUGUGUAAAAAGAUUUGCUGUCAGGUCUCUGGCAACAAUAAGUAGGUGAAAGAAAGUGGAGCCUAGUUCUUGAGAACCCUUAAUGUUUUUAUUUGUUAUUUAUAAAGGUUGAGCAGAUUGUAACAGUUUUACUUUAAUGAAUUUUUAAUCGCUUUUCGUAUGGAAUACUUGAUACGGCCCAGUCUCAAUCAGAGUCUACCUCCUGCAGCCCCCGGAUGAUUUGAGUUUGAGACCCCUGAUCUAAUUAAUUCUUUGGUUUUUAACAUUUUAAAUUAAAGUACAGGUAAUUUAAAUUUCUUUAAAAUGUUUUUUUAAAUUAUUACGAUAGGAGAAUAUUUGGAAAAAAGGGGGGGGGGGGGAUUAAUGAAAAAUAAACACUUGAGUGCCUUUGCUUUUAUAAUAUAAUUACAACCUAAAACAAUAAUUUUUGUGGGUCUAAUAGAGCCUAUUGCCACCUAAAUAUAUGUCAUUAAGGCUAUAAAAUUAUCCCCACAAUGUUUCGCUGUUUUCAUCAUACUAAUACUAAAGUAGCAUGGAUAAAAACUCUAUAUAAAUAUUCAAUUCAAUUCAAUGCUUUGUGUUUUCAUAAAUAGCUUGCAAGAUAUCACUGGAUUAAUAUUUAGCCUAGUAAAACACACUAGUCUUUCUGUGCUGGUGACAUAAUUAUUUCAUUCGGCACCCAAUCUCCCUCACCCGCUUGGUGGGGGAAUUUUUUUAAACUUCUCUUAAAAUUGUUGUUCUGACAGGUCUCGACGGAGAAUCGCAAAAGACGUAAAUUGUCAUCAAAAUCAUAUAAGUAAACAGGUCUUUAGUAGGCCUACCACAUAAUUAUAAUACGAACCCGUGAUACAUGCACACUUAUGUUAUUUCGUCCAUAACAAUGUUUAUGGGCAUGAUAAUGAUGAAUUUCAAGAAAUGACUGGUUUUAAAAGGCCUGCUUUUAAGAAAAUUAUUUUUAAUAAUUUUUUUUUUUUUUAAAUAAAUGAAACUUUACCAUUCCCAAGGAUUAUUCAAUAUUAUUCACCUUUGCCUAUGACAACAUUGAUGAGCAUGAUAAUGAUAAAUUAUAAAAAAUAUCACAAAUGAUGGAAUUGAUAUAAACCUAGGGUUCCAAAUUUUAUUUUUGAAAAAAAAAAUGAAACCAAAAAUAAUGAUAUGAAUAUUGCCAUUCCAUUCGUUUUUCUUCCACAAAACUGUUUACAUUUGUCUAGGCCAGUGGUUCUUAACCUUUUUGGAGGUACCAAACCCCACCAGUUUCAUAUGCGCAUUCACCGAACCCUUCUUAAUAGGAAAAAUAAAAUAUGAUUUUUUUUUCUGAUUUUUUGUUGGAUCUUCGCCGAACCCCUGAGAAUGACUCACCGAACUCCUGGGGUUCGAUUGAACCCAGGUUAAUAACCACUGGUAAAGGCCUAUCUGAAAUGUAAUUUUUUUGGAAAUAUAGGACCAGUAGGUCAUCAUGCAGCUGUGGACAGCUUUUGCUGAGUAUUAGUCAUAUAACAAUUAAUUACAUACAAUGACAGCAAUAUGUCGAGCACUAAUGAAUAUCAUAUUGUCGGCCUAGAGACAUACAGACAGUCUGACUUCUGAUAGAUGACCGAAAACCUUAGUCACUUUCGGCCGAAUGGCCGAAAGUCUCAUUCAAUUUCAGCCGAAACCAAAAGUUAACUUUUCUCUUUCGGCCGAAACAGAAAUUGAGCCGAAAGUUAAAUUUUCAGUUUCACCCAAAACAGGGCCGAAAGUGAUCUAAUGGCCACUUUCAGCGCCAAAGCCGAAAUUCGGUCAGUUUGUACUUGAGACCACGCAGCCAUCCAGGAUUAAGCUAUUAUGAUAGGACCAUAAAUAAACCACCAAACAACAACUGCUGCAAUGCUGGGGACUUACUAUCUACUUAAGUUGAUUAACACAACUUGCAUUCAAAUAACGCACUUUAUAAGACUCCUAAUUAGUGCUGACCUCUGGGGAUUUUAUUUUGCACGCCAUUGAACGGCAGUUUUACACAAAGACACCAUACUUAAAUACCUACAGAAUUAUUAUUUGUGAUUAUGUAAUUGAUUACUUCAUAAUUGUUAUCUUUGUGACUUGCAUUUUGUUUGAAUUUGCAUAAAGGACAGUGUGUUACAUCUUCAUAUACAAGAGAAGGAUGACCCAGUCAAGCCAGCUAGUGACCCAGCCAGUGACCCAGCCAAGCUAGGCGGAGUCAUACAAUCGGAAUGUGUUUACCUGCCAGUCCCAAAGACUUUAGGUAGAGAUAUCACAGAAACUAGAUCAAAACUGAGAGAAUUUAUCCUAACACACGAGGCUGACAUUGACAGAUUGGACCAGCUCAUUCUUGACAAGGUUAGGAGGAUAAAAUCUCUGCUACUCAAAGUGUGGUCUAAGAUUGGAAUGUAUGGUUUAGUGCUACCUCAAAAUGUGGUCUAAGAUUGGAAUGUAUAGAUUAGUGCUACCUAAAAGGGUGGUCUAAGAUUGGAAUGUAUAGAUUAGUGCUACCUCAAAGUGUGGUUUAAGCAGUGGGAUGCAUACCUUAGUGCUCUUCAAAGUGUGUUUCACCAAUGGGAUGUAUAGAUUAGUGCUACCUUAUAUUGGGAUGUAUAGAUUAGAGCUACCUUAAACAGUGGGAUGUAUAGAUUAGUGCUACCUUAAAAACUGAAAUAUAUAGAUUAGUACUACCUCAAAGUAUGGUUUAAGCAGGAGGUUGUAUAGAUUAUUGCUGCCCCUUAAAGUAUUUUUUGACACCUUGUGAGCGUAUAAAAAAAGGGCUACCACGGUAUAUACAACUAUUUAUACCCAAAACUUGAUUACCGGUACCUUAAAAUCGUAACAAUGAAGCAACCUUACUCCAAAUAACCAAAUAUGCUUCAGACAUUUCAAAACUAAUUUAGCUUUUUAGUUUUCUUGCUGUUGAGUUCAGCGUCCAUGAUGGUCAUUGACGUUUCAGAAAGUAUCUCGAGUGGAAGUAGAUGUACUGACCAGACAAAUAGAUGGAGAGCUUGCCUCACUUGCAACUAGACUGGACCAGUGUGGCAGAGGACGGCUAAUGGAUCAAGAACAUCCAUCUGACAAUAGUUUUGUCUGUCAAAGGGAGCUGCCCAUCUCCUUACCCGUCAUAGACGGCCGGCAAAGAACAAGAUCGAAAUUCGUUGCACACUCUGACAAGGGUGUGAAAGCCUCUAAACAGGCCAGCUUAAAUGAAGCGGUGAGUUUGUCGUAAUGUCAUCACAUGUUAUACUCUCUCUGGUCAUUCAGUCUCUCAUUCCCCAUACCAUAUCUGAGGUUUACAGUCCUGUCCUGUCAAUGAGUUGGGUUCCCAGUUAACAGCUGUCACUAUAUGGCUAUCACUGUGCUGCUAAUCUACUGUCCUGUCCUGGCAAUGAGCUGGCUUCCCAGUAACCAGCUGUCACUAUAUGGCUAUCACCGUGCUGCUAAUCUUUUCAACAGAAUUUGAUCACAUUCUCAAUAAAUCAUCUCAAGAGUGCAGGUCUUUGUAAGCCAGUAUGAUUGAUUACCUUCUCAAUAAAUCAUCUCAGAGUGCAGGUCUUUGUAAGCCAGUAUGAUUGAUUACCUUCUCAAUAAAUCAUCUCAGAGUGCAGGUCAUUGUAAGCCAGUAUGAUUGAUUACCUUCUCAAUAAAUCAUCUCAGAGUGCAGGUCAUUGUAAGCCAUUAUGAUUGAUCAGCUUCUCAAUAAAUCAUCUCAGAGUGCAGGUCAUUGUAAGCCAGUAUGAUUGAUCAGCUUCUCAAUAAAUCAUCUCAGAGUGCAGGUCAUUGUAAGCCAGUAUGAUUGAUCACCUUCUCAAUAAAUCAUCUCAGAGUGCAGGUCAUUGUAAGCCAUUAUGAUUGAUCAGCUUCUCAAUAAAUCAUCUCAGAGUGCAGGUCAUUGUAAGCCAGUAUGAUUGAACACCUUCUCAAUAAAUCAUCUCAGAGUGCAGGUCAUUGUAAGCCAGUAUGAUCGAUCAGCUUCUCAAUAAAUCAUCUCAGAGUGCAGGUCAUUGUAAGCCAGUAUGAUUGAUCACCUUCUCAAUAAAUCAUCUCAGAGUGCAGGUCAUUGUAAGCCAGUAUGAUUGAUCAGCUUCUCAAUAAAUCAUCUCAGAGUGCAGGUCAUUGUAAGCCAGUAUGAUUGAACACCUUCUCAAUAAAUCAUCUCAGAGUGCAGGUCAUUGUAAGCCAGUAUGAUUGAUCAGCUUCUCAAUAAAUCAUCUCAGAGUGCAGGUCAUUGUAAGCCAGUAUGAUUGAACACCUUCUCAAUAAAUCAUAUCAGAGUGCAGGUCAUUGUAAGCCAGUAUGAUUGAUCAGCUUCUCAAUAAAUCAUCUCAGUGUGCAGGUCAUUGUAAGCCAGUAUGUUACCUACCAUCUUAAGGUUUAACAAAUUUGAUCUGUAGUUUUAAUAUUAGGUCUUGGUACAUGAAAAAUGCAUAACAAAGGACUGAAAACCAGUAUAUAAAGAAAAACAGUACUAAAGCUAGUGACAUCAACAAUAAUCAAUUUUAUUAUGCUGUUAAGGUGAUAUAAAAAAUACAAAAAACAAUUUACAGAAAUAAAAACUGUUUGAACUUACAGCAAGUGUAAAAGUGUAAUGCUAGAAAGGUACGAAUAUUAAUCUACACAGACAUACACACACAGUGAAAAAUGUAAAAAGUUUUGUAGGUCUCCUGUACGACUGGUAAGUCUCGUAAAAUUUCUGCUGGUCAGAGUCAGCUGUCGUAGAAAUUCAUUUGAAAGAGAAUAUUUCUCCCCCUAUGUGUGUGAUGUAGACCCUUCUGGAAAUGUAAACAACUUUUCAAAUCACCGGGGUGGUUGGGGGAAAGGACUGCCUACAUCCAAUUCGUGUCGAUAACAAAACUGUCUACAUCCACAAUACGUCAACAGGUUCAGGUAGAGAUUCUCGCCAUGGGAGAGAAAGUCAGACGACUUGAGGAAGAUUUAAAACAACUUCAAAUUAGAAACAUGCACAAAUUACAGGAAAUUCUUGAUGGGGAUCCCAGUGUUAUCUGUAUACAACCAAGAUGUUUUAAAAAAUUGUUGGGGAGCUAAAGAAGAAACCCAAGUCGUCAGCAGAUUCACUAACCUUUACCCAAGGCAUCGGCAGAUUCACUAGCCCUAACCCAAGUCAUCACCAAAUUCACUAACCCAAGCCAUUGGCAGAUUCACUAACCCUAAAACAAGUCAUUGCCAGAUUCACUAACCCUAACCCAAGCCAUUGGCAGAUUCACUAACCAUAUACCAAGUCAUCGGCAGAUUCACUAACCCUAACCUAAGUCAUCGCCAGAUUCACUUACCCUAACCCAAGUCAUUGGCAGAUUCACUAACCCUAAACCAAGUCAUCGCCAGAUUCACUAACCCUAACCCAAGUCAUUGGCAGAUUCACUAACCCUAACACAAGCCAUUGGCAGAUUCACUAACCCUAAACCAAGACAUUGGCAGAUUCACUAACCCUAAACCAAGCCAUUGGCAGAUUCACUAACCCUAAACCAAGACAUUGGCAGAUUCACUAACCCUAAACCAAGUCAGCGGCAGAUUCACUAACCCUAAACCAAGUCGUCGGCAGAUUCACUAACCAUCCCUUUCCUGGAUCCAAAGCUUUGUGCUAUUCAAUGUUUUAGAUUAAUAUAUCUCCUACAUAUGUCUGUAUGUUAGAUCAAUAUUUUGUCCUAUGUAAUUUCAUCUAUUUUAGAUGAAUAUUUUGU